AUGAUUUCUAAGGGUAUCCUCAAUAGUACUCUUCCUCCUGCUGAUAAGAUAGAUGCUCAGUUGGCAAGUGAGGUUCAACUGGUCAUCUUCGACGGCGAGGGUACAACGGUGUUCACACUCACUGCUGCUGUGUACACCUUUUUGGCUAACCCUCCUGUACUCAAGCAUCUUCAAGCCGAGCUCCGCGCGGCGGUACCGGACGAGGAGUCUAUUCUUUCAUUCUCGGAGGUUGACGUGUUACCUUUCUUUAAUGCUGUGGUGCAGGAGCGCCUGCACCCAGGAACCAUGAACUGCUAG